AAGGAAAUUACAAAAAUAAAAGAAUCAGGAAGAAGAUGAAGAAAGGAAGAGAAAUGGGUAUGAUGGUAGGAAUUGUGUUGUUGAUGUCAAUGCAAUUAUAUGUGCCUUCAUUAGCACAAAAGGAAUGCUGGCAGAAUAUACGAACAUGCCUCAAUGAUGUCGAAACGUGGGACGAGUUCCAGGAGGAGUGUUGUAAAAUCGUGUUUGAAGAAAUAAACUCGGAGAAAGAGUGUUUCUGCAGUGUUAAGCCGAAUCUUGAUCGGAAUGUUAGUAUUGCCGGCGCCGUAUCUAAAAUUCUCACUGUGUGUGAUAUUGCUUCUUUCGACACUAUUUGCUCUGAUUCUGAUUCAAGCCCCAUUACACCAGACCCUCCGUCAACACCAGAUUCCAUAACCCCUGCACCUCAGCCUUCGCCACCAUUAGAAUUCGAAGCCGUAUGCUGGCGAGAGAUUGACCAUUGCAUAGAUAGGAGUCAUAAUCGAAGUGAAUUAGAGCCAACUUUGAAUCCAUCGAGCCCUGCGUUUAAUUUGACUGAAUUUCUAUGCUGCCCUUUGAUGCAACAAACAGCUAGAAUUGAUAAAGAAUGUUUUUGUACCAUCAAACCUUUUCUUGAAGAAAAUCCCGACCAAAUUACCAAUACUACGCUCGUCAUGUCCGCAUGCAACAUUGUUACUUCUAUCACUUCUCUUAACAAUUUCUGCCAAGGUUCAAGCAAUCCUACAACUAAAGCAUUGUCACUUUCCAAUGGUGAAGCUUCAAGCCCUAAUUCCGCUCCUAUAAUCCGGCCAUCUCAUGAUUCAAUGGAGAGCCUCAGCAAAGCAAGUAUCGUAAUCACAAUGAACUCUUCAGAUGCCUCAGCUCCAACAAAGCCGCCAUCUAGUGGUAAUACGGAAGCUGAAAAAAGUGCUGCAAAUAAGAUUUCGAUGAUUGGGUCACUUUCCGGAUUAUUUGUUAUCUUCACAUACGUCUUGUUUCAUUAGAUAAGGAUUCUUAUGUCUGAGAGAUGCUCAAUUGCUCAUUAUAUAUGUAAAUCUCUUCUUGUAUUGCUAGCUGCUAGUUUUCUUUGUAAAACUAAUAUUACUAGCUAUUUGUAACUCUAUCUACGUGAAUGUUUUAAUUAAAUUGUU